GUAGCCUCUAGCAGAGUUCUUCUACUUUAAAUUGAGCAUCCAUCCCUCGCAGAAGAAGCACAAGUUUUAGUUUUGGUACAGAUUGAUUUAACAAUGCUUCCUAUUUUCCGAUAUGGAUUCUUCAUUACUAUCACCAUAGUCCUCUCUCUCACUAGAACAAAUGGCAGUGGAUAUCAGCUCAUCGUAGUAAACAACUGCAACGGGAGCAUAUGGCCCGGAAUCCAGGGCGGCGCGGGGCAGCGAACCCUCAGUGACGGUGGCUUCCUCCUCAGCAGCGGUGGUGAGGUAGCCAUCGACGUCCCCGAGAAGUGGUCAGGCCGGUUGUGGGGAAGGCAGUUCUGCAACUUCGACUCGAAUGGGAAGGGCUCAUGCGUCACGGGCGACUGCUCUGGCCAGCUCCGCUGCCAGGGAAUGGGCGGAGCACCACCAGCGACGGUGGUCGAGAUGACACUGGGCUCGUCAGCCUCACCCCUCCACUUCUACGACGUGAGCCUGGUGGAUGGGUUCAACCUGCCCGUCUCAAUGAAGCCCAUCGGGGGUGGGGUCGGAUGUGGGGUGGCGUCGUGCGAGGUCGACCUGAACGUCUGCUGCCCCUCGGCGCUGGAGGUGAGGGUGGGAGGGCGGGUUGUCGGGUGCAAGAGUGCUUGCUUAGCUAUGCAAUCACCAAAAUAUUGCUGCACAGGACAGUAUGCAGACCCCAAAACUUGCAAACCUACAGUGUUUGCAAAUUUGUUCAAGGCCAUUUGUCCCAAGGCGUAUAGCUACGCCUUUGAUGAUUCUUCAAGCCUCAACAAAUGCAGGGCAAAGAGAUACGUCGUCACUUUCUGCCCUCCACAAUGAGAGUGGGUCCUAAACGGCAUCGUUUUGUUACUAAAGCCUGUCUAAGUAGCAACUAUGCAUUAGGCAGGGGGUAAGGUAGAUGGUUAAAUAUUUUUCAGCCUUCACACUAUAUAUCUUUGUAAACAAUUCUAGUAUGUCAAGGUACGUCUGGUUAGACGGUAUUUAUAUGCGGUUUCAGACUAAA